ACGACAGCGUGUUGUAUACCGGCUGAGCAGCUUGUGUCUUCAUUUCUGUGUCCAAUCACAUUUCGCUGAGACACCAGCACAAAGGUACUGUUUGGGGAGCAGUGAGCAACGAACAGUCGUCAUGGAUGAGGAAAGGAGAGUGGAGGAGAAACUUGAACAGUUUAAGAAUGAUGCAAAAACAGAGCGAAGAUACUCGAGGCACAUACUCCUUAGAAUCCGAACUGGAAAACAGAGAAGACGUAAUCUGAUCUUCGAUGAGGAGCGCUUUGAAGAAACGUUCUUGAAAUGCCUCAUCUGUAGAGAGAUGUUGCACUGCCACCACACGUUCUGUCUGGACUGUCUGUACCAGAUGUAUCGAGUAGAGGGCGAGUUCAGACAAUCCUUAACUGGUGUCUUCAGAAGCAUGCCGAUGACAGUCAAGAUACAGUGUCCCACAUGUCGCGAAGGGAUUCUCAUCUCUGAACAGGAGUUACGUCGUCUUCCUAACGACCACACCAUCAUGGAACUAUUGUCCUUUGUCAACCAAACUAGCAAGAAUGACGUUCAGUACUGCACAAAGCAUCAAAUGCAGCCACUCAACUUUUUCUGCGAGCCUUGUAUUAUGCCCGUAUGUUGCGACUGCACAGUGAUCGACCACAAAGAAUCCAAAGGUCAUAUUGUCGUCAACGUGGACGAAGCAAUGAAGACAUACACACCGAUUGUAGAAGAAACACUUGAUGAGAUUCGAGCUGAAAAAUUUAAUCUUGCAGCCAAACGAGAAGCCUUAGAGAGCGCGCUGGUUGAACUUGAUCAAAUACAAAGGAAUUUAAAUACCCAAAUCCGAGCAGUGUUUGACAAGAUUCGGGAGGUUCUGGAUGAGCGGGAGAAAGAACUCUACGCUGUCUCAGAAUCAGAAAUAGAACGAAAACGCGAAGUGGUCGAGGGCCACAUGAAGGUGCUGAUGGACAGGGAGUAUGAGCUAAACUCAGAAUUCAACGACCUGCAGAAAGCAAAGGACCAAAAAGAUAUUAGUCAGAUUUUCUCUGGCCACAAAGCUGCUCGAGAAAUGUUGAUCAAGAAAGUGCACGUUCCAACAAACUCUACCAAAGGCUUUUCUGUGAAUUUUCAGUACAGUAGUCGAGCUGAGGCCAUCAUCAAACAAAAUGUAGCCAACCUUGGAGACAUUAUUUUUAAGACGUAG